AUCGCAUCCGAGCGGCGCAUCAUCGUUUUAUCAAUAGAAAAUCUUUGAUGUGCUCAAUGCACUGACAAGAAACAAAUGUUUGUUUUAUAUCGAUUAUCUUGUUUUUCUCCUCCUCCUCGCGGGGUUCAGAGUUGCUCGUUGGGUUGACAAAACAAUCCAUUACUUGGGAACUUUGUCCUUCACGCGUGACGUGUCUCUCUUUUUUUUUUUUUUUGAAACACUCGAAAAGAAAGUCAAAAGUUAGCCAAGAAUGUGGCGUGAGUGUUAGCUGGUUAGCCUCAACCGGGGCGUCCACCAUGGACGACAAAGAUGUCUCCUCGCCAGCUUCGGCGUCACCGGCUUGUCGUCCGAACGACGAGCUGAAGAAGUUGCUUCAUUUUAAAGUGUACAAGAGGAGGUGGUUGGUGCUCCUGGUGCUCUGCCUGCUCAACUGCUCCAAUGCCACGCUAUGGCUGACCUUCGCACCAGUGGCGGACCAGUCCGCCCAGUACCUGAAGGCCACCUUGGCGGACAUCAACUGGUUGUCGCUGGUCUACAUGGUGGUGUCCGUUCCGCUCAGCGUUGUGUCCACCUGGAUGCUGGACACCAUCGGGCUGCGCAUCACGCUGAUCUUGGGCUCGUGGUUGAACAUGUUCGGCGCCGUCACCCGCAUGAUGGGGGGCCCGCCGGGCGAGGUCUUCAGAAUCGAAUACGCGGUGGUGAUGCUGGGCCAGACGAUGGCGGCGGUGGCGCAGCCGCUCGUCAUCUUCACGCCGACCAAGAUGGCGGCGCUGUGGUUCCCGGACCACCAGCGGGCCACGGCCAACAUGAUGGCCUCCAUGGCCAACCCGCUGGGCAUCCUGGUGGCCAACGUGGUGUCGCCUGCCAUCGCGCGCACGUCCGAUCGCAUCCCCAUGCUGGUAAGCUAUCUUAUACACACACACGACGGCGGACCAUAUGAGACGAAUCGUCCACCUGGCUUCCUCCAGUUGUUGGCCUACGCCGUCCCUGCCUGCGUCAUCUGUUUCCUGGCGACGGUUGCCGUACGCAGCAGCGCCCCGCCCACGCCGCCGUCGGCCAGCGCUGAAUUUUCCACCUCCGAACCUUUCAUGCAGGGCGUCAAACUGCUGCUGAAGAAUCGAGCGUACCUGGUGCUGCUGCUGUGCUUCGGCUCCGGCGUGGGCGUGUUCACGUGCUUCUCCACGCUGCUGGACCAAAUCCUGUGCGUGCAGGGCUACACUAACGACUUUGCGGGCCUGUGCGCCGCCCUCUUCAUCGUGUUUGGCAUCGUAGGCGCCGCCUUACUGGGCCGCUACGUGGACAAAACCAAACGCUUCACAGAGGUCAUCAAGAUCAACAUGGCCUUCUCUGCCUUGGCGGGUAUCGCCUUCUCUGUGGUGUGCCUGAUGCAGCGGCAGAGCGUCGCCGUGGCGGCCGUGUGCUCACUCUUCGGCUUCUUCGGGUUCUCCAUUUUCCCGGUGGUCAUGGAGGUGUCCGUGGAAUGUUCCUACCCUGUGGGAGAGGCCACCUCGGCCGGACUCAUCUUCAUAUCGGGACAAAUCCUGUCCAUCGUCUACAUCGUCCUCCUCCAGUCUUUGGCCACGCCCGUCGCAGAGUCACCGCGCUCCACGUGCGGGCUCGCCCCUCAAAGCUGGAAGGUGUCCAUGAUGGUGCUGGCAGCGCUGACCACCACCUUCACUUGCAUCUUCAUAGUCGUCUUCCGCACGCGCUACAGGCGCCUGGAGGCCGAAGAGGACGCCACCUACGGGCGCAAACGAGACACCCGAUCCACCGACCCCACCCAAGCCAGUGUGGACACGUGAUCCAUAAUGAGAGAAUAACCAAGCUUUUUUUUUUUUUUUUUUUUUUUUUUUUAAAUUAAUGGCGCACACACACAUUUAGAAACCAGUUUAAGGGAAAUGAUGUUCAUUCAGUGUCCUGCCGUGACCAAAAUGUGUCAGAUAUGUAAUUUGCACUUUUUUUUUUUUUUUUUUUUUUUUAAAAAGGUCUUCAUUCAAUGUAAAUUAUAUUUUUAAAUCCAUAAUUUAAAGCUGAUCUUAUUUCAAAUUGGGCAUUGUUGGUGUAUUCAUUGUUGAGAACAAGUUUUUAUUUUUUAUCUUUAUUUACUCUGACUACGUAAUUAUUUAGUUUUGUGUGAUCCUGAACAAUGCAUUGUUUUUUGAAAUAGAUUUUUCAUAUGAAAACUAUUUAAAAUAAUAAAAAAAAAAUAUUUUUGUGAAUGUGAUUCUUUGUAUGUAAAUGUCAAAAGAAUUUCAAUAAAUCUCUUCGAGUUUAGGCAUUA